AUGAGUACACCAGGCAAAUCACCGACGGCCGAACCGGGCCCUUGUAGCAAAGAAGAUAUUGAUAAAAGACUCCAGAACUUGGAAGUGGACGAUCAAACAUUGUGUUCGGAUAAAAUUGAAGGACACAAAGACGAAGAAGAAGAAGAACAUCAAGAUAAUGACGAUCAAUCCGAUGAUGAUCGAGUGCUAUACUACGCGGCCAUUGAUGAUAUAAGUGCUAGGGAAACGGGUUGUAUAUACCGCUUGUUUGCCAAAUCAAUCAACCAAAGUCAUCCUCCUUACAAUCCGUAUGAGUGGCUCAAUUUUAUGGAAGAUUCAGUACGAUUUCAGGUCAAGCAACCCGUCCAGUUGCCUGCCAGAGACACAGCAUUUUGGGUUGCUAAAAACAUCUACAUAGAUGCUCACGAUGAACUUCAUGGCAAGUAUAUAAUCAAGUCCAGCUUGUUGUGGGAUGAUUGUGAUAGCAGAGCUCAUUGUUUUGAGCGUUCUCAGAGCAAUAGGUAUGCUACGACAUUGUUGGAAGCUUUUCGGCAAUCCAUCCUCAUCCAUAAACGACGAAAGGAACGCAAACGAGGUGCGAGCAACAACCUCCACCGCCAGAUCUAUUCAGAUUGUUGUGCUUUGAAGACAGCCCGUUCUGUCUAUGACGGAGCGCCACGAUGGUUAAUUUGUGAGGGUCUAUAUGAUCCUAAUACGACCCACCGUUACAUUUGGGAGUACGACUUCAACAGCCUUCCCAGGGACAAGCAAACUUGGACUGAUCACAUUAACGCAUGGGUUCAUUAUACUUAUGAGGUAUCCGGUAAUCAAACUUUGAUAGUUGGCCUGGAUUGUGACGAGCAUGGUGUUUUAACUAAUUUGGUUUUGUUUACCAAGGGAAAACCUCUACACUACGACGAGAGCGCGGUAAUGAAGGGCAGAAUAGAACAUACUUUUAUGCAUUUUCGCAAACAACAUGAGUGUAAUAAAAUAUGUGAACAUGUCGGACUGAGCAAGUUGCAAAAUUCAAAGGGAAAGGCCAAGGAUGUCAUGGAAUUGAUGUAUCUGAACAGCCCUUAA